AUGUCACGAAACCCUCCCAUAGAGCUGUCAGUGGGACCGGUAGCCGACGACUUGUUUCAUUGGCAAGGAGUACUUCACGGCCCACGAAGACAGUCCAUACGAAGGCGGGCUCUUCAGAAGCAGUGGUCGUCCGCCUAUACUCUGACUCAAGCGAUGCUAUCGAUCUCGUCGUUACUGACGGAUCCCAACACGAGUUCGCCAUUGAAUCCAAUGAGCGCUCGUUUGUAUGAAAGCGACCGAAAGAAAUACAACUCAACAGUCAGACAAUGGAUCCGAAUGUAUGCCAGCGCUGAGGUUCUCGACAAUUAA